CCUCCCGAUUCCGUGUUCUGCAGCUAAGUUCGUUUUGGUCUAUGACCGUACUUUUUACCACUUUAAGUAGUUUAUCUAUUGGUUGUUUUUCGGCGAGUUUUGCUUUUUUUUUUUUUUUUUUUCAAUUUUUUUUUACUCCACACAAACUCCCCUCAUGUUUUACCUUUCAACGUUCAUCUUGUUCACCGCUUUCGUUGUCGCGUAAAAUCCUUAACGAUUCCUCUAAGAAAACGAUAUCGUGUCGUCGCGCGCACGACAACAGACGCCGUCACCCUCAUCAUCCCUGAUAAAGGUACGUCGUCGUCGUCGCCGCCACCAUCGCCGAAAUUGAACUGUAGCAGAAGUAGCAGUAGUAGCAGCAACAGUAGUAACAGUAAUAACAGUAUCAUUAGCCGCCGUCGUCGCUGUACGCCGUAUACUACUACCGCCGUUGCGAAUCCAUCAACAGCAACGGUAACAGCUUCAACAACAAUAGCCGCAGUAGCUGUAGCAACAACUAUAAGUCCUACAGCAUUAUCUUCGACGGCCGCCGUAAUGGAAACUCAAGAUACGAGCAUGACGAACCUGAUAAUCAACUAUUUACCGCAGUCCAUGACCGACAAAAAACUGCAUCAAAUGUUUAUCCAGAUCGGACAGAUCGAAGCUUGUAGGGUGAUGAAAGAUGUCAAAGUAAGUUUCUCCGCGCCAUUGUGGUCCACUUUAAUGAAUGAUGAGUAGGUGUACCUUUUCGUUUAACAAUAAGAACGAUGGCUGUAGGUAAAUCUGUACAUUAGACAAUAUAAUAAUUGUUUGUAUUUUUCUUAAAUAUUCGGGUUAAAGGAUUUGAAAUUAAUUCUUAGUUAUUCUUACAAAUUGUUGUUUUUGAAAAAAAAAAAUUUAAAUACUUAAUAUGUGGUUUUGAAUUCAGAAAUAGGAAUUUUUUUAUGAAAAGCAUGUAGCGAAAUAAAUUGAAAAAUAGUUGUAAUUAAUACAAAAAAUCCCUUUAAAAAUAGAUUAACUCCAGAUUAACUGUACAUAAAUAAAAAAUUCAAAUUACCUAUUUUUUAUUAAUUUUUUUAAGAAUUUAAUUUCAGAGUAGUUAAUAUUUUAUAUAUUUGUCUAAAAGUUUUUCAAUGUGUUUUUCUUAAUCAGUUCAUCAGUUUUUCAGUGAAAACAUUUUAUUUUGAUAUCUACUUAGUUACUAUUUAGUGUCUUAUAUCUCAGUAGCUGUAGUUACUUUAGUUUUCACAUUUUUGUCUCUAUUAUUGUCAGAAUUAUUGUUACUUUAUGAUUAUUCUGUAUUGUUGGACUUCUGAUAAUCUGUGAAUCAUUGAUUUUCCCUUAUGUUGAUCAUUCAUUAUCGAUAACAUCACAUACCUACUUUUAAAUUAAGACCUUUUAUAUUAAAUUUAUGAGUCCAUGUUUCAAAUGAUUCAGUAAGGAUUAUUAAUAUUUUCAUGUCCAAGUUAUUUUGUAGAAAACCUUCGCUAUAAAAAAUAAUUGGCUCUUGGGUUGAUAUAGGGUAGGUAGGUCUUUUUUAUAAUUAGGUAGUAUCUACCUAAUUCGAUUCAAUGCAUUUUUUACCAUUGCUCUAAUAAUAUUGAUUUGUGUAUUCUUGUUUUCUUCAAUACUUUAAUUAUUCCCAAGACAAAUUGUUUCGAUAAUUAUUAUUAAUAAAUUUGUGGCCUAUAGUAACAUAGUUGUUGAAUUAGCUGGUUAAUUUACAAUUUGAAUAUGCUUUUACGACAUGUGUAACAAAUAAGUAGUGCAAUAUUAUUAAAUUUACCUAACCUAAUCAUUUUAAAUAUUUUUAAUACAGUUUUCAUUAAUAUAAGCAGUAGGUAAUGAACACAUUGAUCAAUUUUUAACAAUGUCCAUAGAACAGUGAAAAUCCCAUUACAAUGACUAAGGCAAACAAACCAAAAGACUUCAGGUCAAUAUUGCUACUAUAUAAUAUAUUAAUUAUAAAAAAGAAAUAUCUUAAAUAGAAUAACCAAUCAGUAAUAGAAGAUAAUUUAAUAAUUCUGCACCAGUCAAAUAUUAAACUUAACACAGAACUUUGAAGAUGGUUUUGAAAUAAAAAGUUACUGGAGCCGUCUGUAAUAUAUGAUACUGUUAAUCAUAAUCCCUUAUUGCUAAUAAGUUAUUGAAUAAAGUUUAUAAAAAACUAAGGACUGUUAUCUUAUGAAAGUAAUUGAUUCAGUUAAUCACAAUAGUCUAAUAUCCAAUAUUCCAUGUGACUUUAAGACCAAAAAAAAAAAAAAAACUGGAGAAAUUAAAUAUAUGGUGUCAUACAAAGUUAUUGUCCUUGCAUUAAUAAACUUGAAUGUGUAAAUGAUCAGUCCAUUAUGAAAACUACUUGUGGUUUCUUAUCUGCCAAAAAAUUAGCGAUUAAUGCAUUGGGAAAAAUGUUUAGUAAAAUUGAACAAACAUUCACACAUGUGCUAGAGACAUUGGACAUAUGCAAUGAAUUCAAUAAAACUCAACUAAAUAAAAAAACGCAAGUACCUUAGUGUAUUCUACCUUAAAAAGAUGCAUGCAAGAAAGGAACUAAAAAUACAAAAGUGGACAUCAAUCUUGAAUUUACAUACCUAAAGGGCUCCAUACACGGUCAGUUAUGAAUGUCAAUUUUUGUGAUUGUUACUCAUAAUUGACCACCUAUGUUGAUGAAUGUCAAUAUUUUUUCGUAACUGAUGAAAUUCUAACAUGUUUGAUUUUUGGAGUGAAUCAGAGUGAUUGGCAUUUAUAACUGACCAUAUGCGGUAAUGAUUGAUACGUGUUUAUCAUUCAAAACUUAAUAUCAAACCUGUACCAUGUGCUUUCCUAACCACUUUCGUCUUUCAAAUAAACAGUUUUUUAUUUCACAAUUAUUUAUAAUUAUAAUUAUUAGAAUAAUCAAUAAAUAAAGUAGGUUUAUUUUAACUACACAUAAUGCUAUUUUUAAUAUAAUAUUUUAUAGUAUAAUAUAUUACUGUGUAAGCUUCUUCCAUUUGUAUUUGAUUUGGAAAACUUGAAUAUACAAUAGGAUAUAAAUUAUGGUAGAUAUAUUGGUGGCAAAAUUUGUUUUUAAUUGAAGAAUCAUCAAGUAAUAGUUAUUCACAAUUGGCCAUGUAUGUCAAACUUAACAUUCAUAACUGACCAUGUAUGGGGCCCUCAUUCACAUUGGACAGAAAAUUAAAAUUAAAACUCAAAAUAACUUAUUAAGCAAAUUAAUUGGAACAAUAUGGGGAGCUGACGGCUCCUCAACUGCUACGGACCACAACACUUCCUCUAUGCUAUUCAGUUGAAGAAUAUUUAUGCCUAGUUGAAUAGGGAUAAAUGAACGUGGCCGUUUGGAUGUAUUUAUAAAUUAUUAAACCAAUGAUAUGUACCUAUAAUAUAACAUAAUAUAACUAAUCUUAUUGUAGGUAGAUAACUUAUCAUUUAUUAAUAUACAUUAGAUAUUAUAGGAAGUACCACAUCAUAUUGGUUUUUAUAACCGGUUAUACUUUAUUGCAAUUGUAUACAAACUAUGAAUUGUGUUAGUAAAAUUUUUUACUAAUUUUUUAUUAAUUUAUUUUUUUUAUGCUCAAUUUGUUUUAACGUCUAAUUGUCCUAGAUCGAUGCCCAGUAUAGAGUAGAUUAUGUCAUGCAAAAUUAGUGGAUAUAGUCUUAAAUAAAACAUGUCGCUUAAUAAUUCAUUUGGUGCAAGUUUUAACUGGCAUAACCCUCCCUCAGAUUUCAGAAGUAUGACUAGUAAUGUCCAAAAAAUAGCCUAGAUAAACGAUGCAAGACUCCCCUCCAUGAAUACCAACCGGUAAAGCAAAUUUAAAUUAAGAAAACAAUUUUAAAAUCAACAGCGUUGUAGCUCUCAACAUUUUUAAGCAUGAACAAUAUCAAAGAUAAACAUUGAAUCAAACUAAAACUUCAAAAUAAGAUGAAUAGAAAAAAACCCACCCAGAUACUGCAACAUACUGGAAUACCUAGAAAACACUUAUUAUAUGGGUGUGACUAGGUAUGUUUCUUGAAUAAGAAAAAAUCUGCCCAAGUGUGGGGGUAUAAUGCAGGACCAUAGACUGCAAUGUGUAAGUGAACUAACUGAACAUCAUUUACUAAUAUGCUCUUUAAACUCAGUGUCAUACACACCUGAAGACUGAAUAAAUGCAAAAAUGUGGCUAUACGUGUAGCUAUUCAAUGGAGCAAAAAUCAAUGAGCAUUGAGAAGCAUUUAUUGCCUAUAAGUAGUAAUAAAUUAUGUUAAAAUAGUUAAAAGUACCGUUUUGGGUUUCAAAUAUAUUUGUUUAAGCAAUUUUAAUGUUUGUUGUUCGUAAAACAAUAUUGAUUCAUUAUGAUGGAAUAUUUUGUCAGUGUGAGUAGUCAUUUUGAAUCAUAUAUCACUUGUUAACCCAUCUUAAGAGAUUGAACCUUUUGAUAUUGGUACAGAAAUAUUUCCUAGUUGAUAAACUGAAUGUUCAAUGUUAUAGCUGUGUAUAACUCAAGAUAAAUUAUGGGUAGCUUCAAAAAUAGUUAUUAUUAUGACAAAUACAGACCUAUAAAAAUUACAAUUAAUGAUGAGAUCUUGAACCUUAUUUGUACAAAGCAAUGUUUUGAAAUAAUUAAUUUUAUAAAAAAAAAUAAACUAUGUGUAACAUGUAAAUUUAAGUGUUUCUUUUGAAACUAUACAUUUUGAUUAUUUUUGUAUUAGUAGGUAUAAGUAGGUAUAAGAAAAAUGUUGAUAAAAUUGACUUUUGUUUAUUUUCAAUGUUUUUAAUAAUGAUUCUAUAAUAGCCAUUUUGUUUCUUAAAAGAUAACACUUUUAAAUAGCAUUAUAAUUGAUAUUUUGUUUAAAAUCAUACUACAUAAUGUUUAUUUAAAAUUAAUAAAUAAUUCAUUUUCAUCAAAAAUUAACUUGCUAGAAAAAAGUUCAUUAAGUUACAUUAAUUAUUGCAUAUUUUUGUCUAAUUUUAUUUAUUAAUUUAGUGAAUAAUUAUAAUAAUAGAUAACAUUUAGUAAUUUACAAUUUUUUUUAGACCGGUUAUAGUUUUGGUUUUGGUUUUGUCAAUUUCGCUCGCCCUGAAGAUGCAUCUAGAGCUAUUGAAGUGAUGAAUGGUCUUCAAGUCGAAAAUAAACGUUUAAAGGUAUCUUAUGCUCGACCUGCCGGGGAAGAUAUUAAAGAUACAAACCUUUAUGUUCAAAAUUUACCAAGGUAAAAAUAAUCUAAAAGUAAACUUUUUAACAUGAUUUAUUUUUAAUAAAAAAUAUAUUUUAGGUCAAUAACAGAAAGAGAAUUAGAAGACCUCUUUGCACCAUAUGGUCAGAUUGUUCAAAAGAAUAUACUAAAGGACAAAUACAGUGGACUUCCCAGAGGAGUAGCUUUUGUUCGGUAAGAUUUUUACUAUGUAUUAUUUAAAUGUGUCUCUAUUAAACAUCAAAUGCUAAAUUAUGUUUUAAUUAUAGCCCCAGCAGGGUAUACUUUAUUUAGAAUUCCUUUAGAAUUAUUCUUUUGCCACCAUAUUUGUAUCAAAAGUUAAUUUUUUUUUUUAUACUAUAGUUACAACAAAAAAGAAGAUGCCCAAAAAGCAAUAAAUCAGCUGAAUGGUGUUUUGUUGGAAGGAUGCUCAGAACAUUUGUCCGUGAAAAUAGCUGAAGAACACGGCAAACAAAAAGCAGCAUAUUUGGCUGGUCUUCAAACUGGCUUAGCGCACAGAGGUACAAACGAUACCCUCACAUACUUAAGCUACUAGAUAACAAAAGAAAAAAAGAAAAAAACCUAAAAAAUUUUCCCCCCCCAUUCAAUAAUCUGUUGUUUCAAUGUCUUCUUCGAGGUUACAUGCCAUAGAUCAGAAACAAAAUUUAAUACCUUGCAUUCUGGCGCUUCGGUUUUCUGUAAGUAUCAUCAAUCGUAUAAACCUAGGUCUAUUAUGAUACAUAAAAAUGUAAAAUGUAUGGUUAAUAUUUACGUUAGGGUUGGGUCUUUUCAGUAUAUUGGUAUUUUAGUCAUAUUCGGCAGAAAGAGCUUAUGGUUUUGCUUAUUAAAUCUAUUAAAUACAAUUAAUAGUCGUCUAUUAUUUAUUGCAUGUAAAUGCUGCAAAAAUAUUCAUGAAUAAUUUAAUUAAACACUAUACUUUAAUAUAUAAUGAACCAAAUUUGUUUGAACAAUGUUUGUAAUCCAAACUUUUACUAAUGGACUAUACCAUAACUAAACUUAAUAACAUUUAAAUCAUAAAAUGUAAUAGAAUACAAUGCAUUAAGUUUUUUGAUUUUAAUUUAAUGUAUUUUAUUAAUAAUUAAUAAAAUGCUAGAUACUAGAAAUAACUUCAGAAUUAAUCUAAACAUAGUUUGAUCUUUUAAAAAAAUAUUUAUAAUACCCUUUUGUAUAAAUAUAUUAAAUAAUCAAUUAUUAUGUACGUUAUUUUUUUAUUUAUAAUAUUAACCUUAAGACAUAUCUUGUGAAGUUUACCUAAAAUGUAGAUUAUUACAUUAUAUGGUUUAUUAUAUAUGUAUGACUUUUCCACUACUUAAUAGUUUUACUAGCCCAAUAUGAGCUCACAAAGUUUUAUGGUAGCAAUGGUUUUUUUAUCAUAUCUACUUUAAUAAAACAAAAGUAUUACCAAUCGGAAUAAAAAAAACAAGUCUUUUUAUAAAACAAAUAUUAAACAUGUUAAUGGUAUGAUAAGGUGUAUUUAUUGUGAAGUUUACUUUGUUGUUGAAUGAGGGAGUGUUUGAAAUACCCCUAUAGUUCUCCAAAUGAAUCUUUUAACUUUAAAUCCUCUUCCCUACCAAUUUCAGAGUAUAUUGUAGUAUUGUAUUAUUAUUAUAAUAAAUAAAGAACUAGACAAUUUGAAAAAAACAAAUCUCUGCUACUUAUAGAUGUUUUACUAUAACCCUUUUUUUGUUCAAAUUAAAAUCUAUAUUGGUAAAUGUCCAUAUAUAUAAAAAUUAUUAAAAUUAAUUACUUGAAUACAAAUUUAAAAUAACUGUUAUACAUUUUUUAAUGCUUAAAUAAUAAUUACACAUUUGUUUGUGACAAAAAUAAUAUUUUUAAAAAAUAUAAUUAUUUUAUCAUAUUUCUUAAUAGUUACUUAUAUUUUUGAAAAAUAGGGUACCAUAAAUUGAGGUGAGGUGACCUUGAUCAAUUUGUGCCUUUUUUUUAUCGUUUUACUCGAAAUUUGUUUAAUACUUACGUUACAUAUCUCAAAAUAAUUUUGUUGCCUCAAGUUUAUUUUUACCAAUAUCCCUUUAUUUAAUUUAAAGUUUUCAACAAUUGAUUUUUUUUAAAUUAAAUUUUGAAAACAGCUAUCAAAGUUACACCGACUUAGGAGUGACUUUGAUACUACUAUUUGAUUUUCAUUAUGUCUAGUAUCCAACUUUCUUUUAUUUACUCGACCUACUAUAAACAAGUUUUAUUAAAUUUUAAAACAUCAUAUAAAUUAUCAAACCUGAAGAAUUAGUUGAAAAUAACGCCAUGAUAAUGCCUUCAAAUUAUAUAAAUUGAGUGAAAAUUAAUAAAAUGUAUUAACUUAAUUUGCAUAAAUAAUUUGUUUCUGAUCUUUUUUAACUGUCUAAUGCAUGGUAUUUUUAUUUAAUAAUAAUGAAUAAAAUAUUUUAUCAUAAAAUUGCUUAUCAUUGUUCAAAUGUUAAUCUAUAUUUGGUAUUUAUUCAUGAAUUAUAAAAACAAAUAAAUUCAUACCGUGUAGUCACUAUUGAUGGUUUCAUAAAAAUAAAACAUUAUUAUCAAAGUUGUCCCAAUUUACCAUAGAUAAUUUUAUAAUAAGCAUAUAAUAAUAAUGUACUUAUAAAAAGAUAUCUUAAAUAUGUUAUUUAGUGUGCAUACGUUUUGGUGAAAAGAUUUUAUUUUCUUUAAAAUAGAUGCAAAAUUAUUUGGUCUUUAUAUUACAGUAUAGUGUUGUGAAUAUUUUUAUUUCGUAAAAUUUAUACUAUAUAUAUGUACAAGGUGAAAGUUUUAGUAAAAUAUCAAAAUUAUUUUUCUGGUCCUUCUUUUAUAUGAAUUAUAAAUGUUUAUUUGUUAAAUAUUUUUGGUUUUUACACACAUAUUUUCAAAUAGUAUUUUAUAAUAGAAAUAUAAAAUUAAAGAUAAGAGUUCAAUUUUAAUAAAUGUUUAAAAUAAUUUUGAGUUAGUUUAAUUUUUUUAUAUAUAUAAAUUAUAUAAAUCUUAAACAUAUUAAUUAUAAUUCAAUAAUUAAUCAGGAAAUAUAUCACUUUAAUAGGAAUAAUAUAGUAUUUAUGUUGAUUCAUUUAGCGUAAAACACUAUUUUGCUAAGUAUAGAAUUUUUUCUAACAAAUUUCAAUUUAUUUUCCAAAAUAAUUACUUUAAUAAUUUAGUUAUUAGUCUAAAAUUUAAUAUUUUCCUUUUUCAAGAUUAUGAAAUAUUAUAAUAGCUUUGUACAUAUAUAUCUAAUAUAAUUAAUAUUAAUUACUAAUUUAAAUUUAUUAAACAUUAGUUUUAUUGUCUAUGUAUUAUAACUCAAAUGGUAAUAAAUGGUUUUUUUUAAACUGUGAUUUACAUGCUUUGUGAUAAAAUCUAUUUUAAACGCUGGUAUUGGAUAUGUAUGUAUUUUUAAAAUAAUGAAUAUAAACUUAGAGUUUUCUUUGUCUAUUGUAUAGUUGUUUUUAUAGUUUAUAGCAAAGAAUUAAGAAUUAAGUAUUCUUCUCUGAAAAUGAUACACUUAAAAUCAAACUAUAGAUAUGACAUUGAUAGUCUCAGCCUUUAUCCUCUACAAGCUCUGAUCUUAUUUCACUCCCAUAUUGGACAGCUUAUUUCUUUUAUGUGCUUUCUAUUUUUUGCAUUAUGGUCUAAAGGUUUUUUUUUUUUUUUAGACCAUUUUUAUACUUUGUUUUUGAUUUUAUUUAUUUAUAGUGUUCUGUUUUCGUGUCAUUAGGGGCCAAAAAUUCACAAAACAUGCACCAAUUAAUACGAACUAAUCAUGUAAUUGAAAAGUAUCCAAAUCCAUUGUUGCAGCAUGUUGACAGACAUAAUAUCGGUGCUGUGCGUCAAGAUAGGGCUAGUUACCGUUAUACACCGGUUGGUAUGUUUCCACAACCACCACCACAUGGUUACAAUGUUGGCAUUGGUAACAACAACAUGUAUUAAACAUUUUUCAUGUACAUCUUAUACAAAUUUUAAGGUUUUUUUCUUUAAAAAAAUGUAAAUUAAAUUAAUAUAAUAUAUAUACAUAUAUAUAUAUAUAUAUAUCUUUGUAUAUAUAUAUAUACAUAUAUAUAUAUAUAUAUAUAUAUAAUCUGUCUUCAUAAUUUAAAAUUGCUCGAUAUAUUUAAAAAUAUGUUGUAGAUUUCAUUUAUAUAUAUUAUUAUCUAGCAUAGAAAUUGUAUUGUAAAUAACUUCAAAUAACAAAUAAAAUUACUUUAAAAUUCUUCGGAAUGUUUAUCAUGAAAAAAACUCUUAAUUUUAAUUUUGAUAUUAUUAUUAUCCUUUUAUAUAAUAAUUAAUUAUCUUAAUUAUUAGUUUAAAAUAUUAUAAGCCUAUAUGCAUGUGUGCUUAUUAUUAUGUUUUUCUACCUUUUUUUUUUUUAAUAAUCUUUGUUAGAAUGAAUGAUUCUGAUCACUGAAGUCUUAAAAAAACUAAUACUUGCCACACAAUUAUUAUUUAUAAUAAAACUUUGGAUUAAUAUAUAUUUUUCAUUUUGAUGUUGUUAAUAUUUAUGUUAGAAAUUUUUUUUUUUUUUUUACUGAAUAUUAGCCUGGCAACUAAUGUGUUGUGUGUUUAUUUCAGUAAUGCUCAGUAAACAAGUGAAUUAAAUUUACAUAUGUUAGUAGAGUUAAGUUAUAUUUUUAAAUAUACAGGGGAUACAUAUCUAUAGGUAUUAGGUAAACAAAUUAUUUUAAAAUGAUAUUCAUGAAAAUUAAUUUAGUUUUACAAAAAAAAAAAAAAAAAAAAAAUGAAAUUGGAUAUUACGUGUAAAAUAUAACCUGUAUGUAAUUUUUUUUCAUAUAAUAAUAUUAUUUUGAAAUGUUUUUUUUUUUAAAUGUAUGCUAACAUAAAAUUUUAUUUAAAGCAUAUAUAUAUAUAUAUUGUUAAAAUGUAUAUAUACAUAUUUAUGUGGUCAUCAUGUAUUUUGAAAAUAGCAUACAAAUUAUAGAAUUUUUUAUUUUUAUAGAUUAAUGUUGAUUUUAAUAAAAAUCCAUGAAAUUGUUCUCAAUGAAAUUAUGAAGAUGUAAACCAAAACAACACGAUACUGAAUUGAUCACGGUUUUAACAAAUAUUUAUUGUAAAUUAACUCGAACGUAAUAUCUAUUAAUCAUAAAAUAAUAUAUUAAAAUUUAGGAUCACAUAAAUUUAAAGACAUAUUAACACCAACAAUUUUUUGUUAUCUAUUUUUUAAUAUACAAUUUAUGUUGGUUGUUUAAUAUUAUUAAUUUAGGAAUGUUUUUUUUUAUUUUGAAUUUUAUUUUACAUAUAACUACAUUUAUAAUCAUUGAUAUUUUAUAUGUUUAUUAUAAAAUUAAUGCUAGUAUUCAUAGCUUACACCAAAGUGACUGGUAAGUAUUGUUUCAGUUUUUAAAUCUAAUUUUAGUUAGACACAUCAAUAAGUUUUAUUCAUGUGUAUGCAAAUUUAAUUUGAGUCACUUAAUUUAAAAUAAAGAAGUGAAUAUUGUAAAAUAUUUAGCUAUACUUAUGUUCUUUGGUACAUUUUAAAAUUAAAAUUAAUUAUCUAGUUGUCAUUUAUUAAUAGAGCUCAAAUUUUUAUACUUGUAAAAAUACAUUUCUUUUGAUUGUGGUAAAAGAAAAAUGAAACUACAAUAAAUAUUACAAAAAUGUAAAUUUACUAUUUUAUCUUGGAUAGUUAAAAAUUUAUUUAAUAAAUAUAUUAAAAUUAGUGACAAAUUGAAAAUUGCAAAUAAUCGAUCUGAACCAAGUACUCAAUAGUUUGGUUUGAAAAAUAAAUUGAUGUCGACCCUGCACGGAUGUUUUUGAAAGCUGGACAAAUGGUAACAACCAGAAGAUAAAUGUUGUCACCACAAUCAGUUGAACAUUUAUUGGUCUUCUUACAUGACAACAUAUAAAUAUAUUUUAAUAAAAUAUUAUUAUUUUUGUUUUCACUGUUAUUAGUAUAUAAGUUCAUAUGUUCAUAUUAACAUUUAAUAAUAUACCUAUAAUUUCAAAUUUGAUACCUAUAAAUAAUAUAUAAUAAUUAUAAUAUUAUAUUAUAAUUUUAGUUUUAAAAUGUUUUGACUUAAUAUAACCUAACCUUUUUACUCUUUAAAUGUUCAAGUUCGAUAAAAUAUUUUAAAAAUUCGGUUCGGG